CCUUCGCUGGGCUCCGGGCGAUCGCCCCGCGCUGGUGGGGCUCCCAGUCCACGGGAGCCGGCUCCUCUGCGCGGCCCCAGCUCGAGUUAAUAAACAGUUAAGUUUGGAAGACUCAGCAGACACGUUGAGGGGGAGUUACCCAGCCCAGGCAGCAAAAACAUCCCGGCGCAUUCCUGGGGAGUCCUCAGCUGCCAGCAUCUGAUUAGAACCAUAUCUCGCCGGGAGUGGCCCGCGGCUCCGAGGCUCCCGGGCCGGCGGCUAUUUAAGCGCGGCCGCCGUGUCGGCUGCGCGGUAGCCAGGAGGCUCGGGCACCACCGGGAAGUCAUGCUCGCAUCGCGGAGGCGCUAGCUAGCCUGUGUCUGCAGCAGGUUAUGUUUGUUUGAGACGUCUCCAUCGGGGAUCGCUGGGUGUCACUAAGUGUCUGCUGGUGCUGGAGUUGGCUGUCUGCCUCCUUGCCAUGUCUAACGAAGCAGAAACGAGUGCAACUAAUGGUCAGCCUGACCAACAGGCCGCACCAAAGGCACCGUCAAAGAAGGAAAAGAAGAAAGGCACUGAAAAGACAGAUGAAUAUCUUUUGGCCAGAUUCAAAGGGGAUGGUGUGAAAUACAAGGCCAAGCUAAUCGGCAUUGAUGAUGUGCCCGAUGCAAGAGGGGAUAAAAUGAGCCAAGAUUCUAUGAUGAAACUAAAGGGAAUGGCGGCAGCUGCUCGGUCUCAGGGACAACACAAACAAAGGAUCUGGGUCAACAUUUCUCUUUCUGGAAUAAAAAUCAUUGAUGAGAAAACUGGGGUAAUAGAGCAUGAACACCCAGUAAAUAAGAUUUCUUUCAUUGCCCGUGAUGUGACAGACAACCGAGCAUUUGGUUAUGUGUGUGGAGGGGAGGGCCAACACCAGUUUUUUGCCAUAAAAACAGGGCAACAGGCUGAGCCACUAGUUGUUGAUCUUAAAGACCUUUUCCAAGUUAUCUAUAAUGUAAAGAAAAAGGAAGAAGAAAAGAAAAAGAUGGAAGAAGCCAGCAAAGCAGUAGAGAAUGGGAGUGAGGCCCUAAUGAGUCUUGAUGACCAAGCUUGCAAACUGAAAUUGGGUGUUGACCAGAUGGAUUUGUUUGGGGACAUGUCUACACCUCCUGACCUAAGUAGUCCAACAGAAAGCAAAGAUAUCCUGUUAGUGGAUCUAAACUCUGAAAUCGACACCAAUCAGAAUUCUUUACGAGAAAAUCUAUUCUUAACAAAUGGCAUCGCCUCCUGCUCUCUUCCUCGACCAAAGCCUCAGGCAUCUUUCUUGCCUGAAAAUGCCUUUUCUGCCAAUCUCAACUUCUUUCCCACCCCUAAUCCUGAUCCUUUCCGUGACGAUCCUUUUGCACAGCCAGACCAAUCGGCACCCUCUUCGUCUGAUUCUCUCAAAUCUCCAGAUCAGAAGAAAGAGAAUUUGACUAGCUCGUCUACCCCUCUGAGUAACGGGCCCCUGAAUGGGGAUGUUGAUUACUUUGGUCAGCAAUUUGACCAAAUCUCUAACCGGACUGGCAAACAGGAAGCUCAGGCAGGCCUGUGGCCCUUAUCAAGUACGCAAACACAGCCAGCAGUGAGAACUCACAAUGGGGUAUCUGAAAGAGAACAGAACGGCUUCCAUAUCAAAUCCUCCCUGAACCCUUUUGUGGGAAGCCCUCCCAAAGGACUGCCCGUACCGAAUGGCGUAAAGCAGGACUUGGAAAGCUCUGUCCAGUCCUUACCACAUGACUCCAUAGCCAUUAUCCCACCUCCACAAAGUACCAAACCAGGAAGAGGCAGAAGGACUGCUAAGUCUCCAGCAAAAGACUUACUUGCAUCAGACAUCUUUGCUCCUCUCGUCUCAGAACCUCCAGGCCAGACAUCUCCAGGACAACCUGCAACCAUACAGACCAAGUCCCUGGACCUCUUCAAAACAAGUGCUGCUGCCCCAGUAGGGCCCCUUGGGGGUCUAGGUGGUGUACCAGUUAUAUCUGCUCAGACAGGACCAUGGAGCCCAGCGCCCUUAGUCUUUAGUCAAUCCACUACAAUGGUCCCGGGCACUGUGAUGGCUGGUCAGCCUUCAGGAUUCAGUCAGCCAAUCGUCUUUACCACAAGCCCAGCUGUUCCAGGUUGGAAGCAGCCUUCAUCCUUUGCAGCCUCAGCUUCACCUCCAGCCCCUGUAGUCUGGGGCCCGUCAGCAUCCGUGACACCCAAUACUUGGUCAUCAACCAGCCCGCUGGGGAAUCCUUUUCAGAGCAAUGUUUUUCCAGCGCCUACUGUGUCAGCCCAGCCCCCUUCUAUGCUCUCCUCUCUCCUGGUCACUCCUCCUCAGCCACCUCCCAGAGCUGGCCCUCCGAAGGACGUCUCCAGCGAUGCCUUCGUUGCCUUGGACCCACUUGGGGACAAAGAAGUGAAGGAAGUGAAAGAAAUGUUUAAGGACUUCCAACUGCGGCAGCCACCUACUCUGCCAGCCAGGAAAGGAGAGCAGAAUUCCGCUGGGACUUCAAGUGCCUUCUCCAACUACUUCAACAACAAAGUUGGCAUUCCUCAGGAGAAUGCAGACCAUGAUGACUUUGACGCUAAUCAACUGUUGAGAAAAAUCAAUGAACUACCAAAGCCAGCUCCCAGACAAGGUGCCCUGCCAGUUUCCAAAUCUGCUGACAAUGCAUUUGAGAACCCCUUCUCUAAAGAUUCUUUCCGUUCAUCACCAGCAUCUAUGGCUUCUCCUCAAUCCACAUCUUCUGAUGUAUAUAGGGAUCCAUUUGGAAAUCCUUUUGCCUAACUUCUGAACUUGGCAUGCUGACUGUCCAGAGGAACAAAAAGGUUGGCCUUAGUAGUCAAGGACAAAGCUAAUAAGCAGACAAGUCCUGACCUCUGCCCUUGUUCUAGCUUUGACAUAUUAUCUGUUGCCCUUUCUUGCUGCCUCUUCCACUUGUAGAAUGCCUUCCACUUUCUGUUUAGCUAAACUGAAUCUAUGGAUUUAAAUAAAUUAAGAACCUAAACUCUCUAGCUCAAAUGUAAAUGAAGUAGUUUCCCUCCUUGAACCCUUGUUUAUUGUGUCCCUAGAACCUUCUAGAACACUGUGCUGUGUACCCUCUGGCUGGACAAUGCAGCCACCACAACCCCUCAGAUCAUACUGUUUUGAAUAAAUUUUAAAAUCCUUACGGUUCAGAGUGUUUCGGGGUUCUGUUUCAGAGCAUAAAAACCUAAAGAUUGUGGUAGAACAAGGCACCUUCUUAAACCUUGCUUCAGACCAUCACUUGCAGAGUAUUUUUAAAGUAAAAUAAAGUAAAAGUUCAGUUUCUCUCUGGGGACUUUGAACACAACUAAGAACGUUUUUAAAGAUAUAACUUCUCUUUCUGAACAUUAUUCUUCUCUCAAGGGCAGGAUUGUCCUUUCUCCAAUCUCUUGCUAGCUAUUGCAAAUGAGGGAAAAUCACUUUUCAUCUCUCCUCUUCUUUUCCCUCUGAUUCUCUUUUCAGUCAUUUUUACUCCUGGGUUUAUAACAUUACCUCUCUUUCACAAACAACAGAGUUUUAUGGGGCAAAAAAAAAUCUAAUGAUUCACAGAUCUGAAGCCUCUCUGCCUUCUCAGUAAUCUCUAAUCCCAGUAACUAGAAUUGCAAAUGGGCACAACCUUUAUCCUUUCUAUGGAAUAGGAGGCCAUCCUCCUGAGCUGAAGUUCCGGAAGAGCAGUUCAUGUUGAAGAAAAAUUGAACUCAACUCAGCAAAGAAGGACCGUGUUCUGAAGAGAAACACAUCACAAAGUGAAAUGUGAUAGUGCCAAACAUUAGGUGCUUAUUUAGGGUAAUGCCAGGCCUUUAUCAAGUAACUGGAAAGCUUUCUUAAUGCCACAGUCUUACAGUUAGUAGGAUGAUAAAUGGGAGAAGAAAUCUGCGGUGUUAUCGUUAAAAAUCUAACGCCUGCAAUAUUUUUCUCCUCAUAACCUUGGAAACCUUUCCAGUUCAUUUUCAGUCCUAUUGUCAGCACAGUUCAAAGGGUUUGUUCUUGCCAUAUGAGUUUUGUUUUGUUUUGUUUUGUUUUGUUUAUGUUGGGUUUUUUAAUGUUGUCUCUUGACCCCUAGUGCUCAGGUUCUUGUGGGUGUUAAUCAACCACAUACAAUGUUAUCUUUAGGUGGAAGAAGAGGAUGACUGCUCAGGAUCUAAACGAGAUGGUGGCCUCCUGAACCUCUACUGAUUAGCUCCAAGUAGUCCGAGCUAAAGGCCUGUGGUUUUACGUUGAAUGAUAAUAGCUGAUCACGUAUGGCAUCAUUUUCCAUCUGACUCCCCACUCAGUCAUUGUCAACACAGACUUGAAAUAGUAUUUUAUAUGUCCAAAUACCUAAAUGUGCUAACUGGAGGCAACUAUUUCUAGGGAAUUGAAUUUUUGAAAGUGAUGGACAGCCACACAAUUGUUUUGUACAUACUUAUUUUCUUGUGCACUUUUCUGUAUGCAAAGAAAGCUCUAAAUUUACUCAUUUCAAUAAACUGGAAUGGCAGAA